CCCAAACAUACACAAACCCAUCACCCACACCACCACCCAUCUCACUUCCUCCUAAACUUGAUCAUAUUUUCUUGCAAAUUCAUAGCCUUCAUCCAAACAGAGCAUAUGGGAAGCUCUGUGCAAGUCAAAGCAGCUGUCGUCAUAACUCCUUCUGAUCCGACCCCAACUUGUGUUCUCUCUCUAUCCGCUCUCGACUCUCAACUCUUCCUUCGUUUUACUAUAGAGUAUCUCUUGGUCUACAGACCCUGCCCCGGCUUGGACCGCGGGGCCACCUCGGCUCGUCUCAAAGCCGCAUUAGCCCAAGCUUUGGUUCCGUACUACCCAUUUGCCGGGAGGGUAAGGCCUAGCCCCGGUGGAUCGGGCCUUGAGGUCGUGUGCCGAGCCCAGGGUGCGGUGUUCAUUGAGGCCUUUUCUGAUCGCUACACAAACAGCGACUUCGAUAGAGCGCCCAAAACGGUGACCUGCUGGAGAAAACUCUUGUCCCUGUACACAACUGAUGUUCUCAAAGGAUCACCGCCGCUCGUGGUUCAGCUAACGUGGCUCGGUGACGGAGCCGCUGCCGUUGGUGUAGGGAUCAACCAUUGUGUCUCUGACGGUAUCGGCAGCGCCGAAUUUCUCAAUUAUUUCUCCGAGUUAGCUUCUGGGAAAUGCCCCGCACUCGGGCCGACACCUGUUUGGAACCGUCAUAUUCUCAACCCAUCGUACGGAAGUCCCAAUCGGGCCUGCCCAGCGAUCCUCACCGAGUUCAACCGGGUACCCGAUCUUUGCGACUUCAUGACGCUGGUUUCCAGCGAUCUCAAACCAACCUCCAUUAUAUUCGACAGAAGACGCCUGAACGAGCUCAAGAACGUCGCUUGGUCGUUGAGUCCACUCAGCGAGUCGUCCUACACGUCCUUCGAGGUCCUGGCUGCUCACGUGUGGCGAAGCUGGGCCAGAGCGUUGGCGUUUCCGUCGAACCAGAUACUAAAGUUGCUCUUCAGCAUCAACGUGCGGAACCGGGUGAAGCCGGGCAUACCCGACGGCUACUACGGGAACGCGUUCUUGUUAGGAUGUGCACAGAGCAGCGCGAAGGAGCUGGCACAGAAGGGUCUUGGGUACGCGUCGGGUCUGGUAAGGAGUGCAAAGGAGAGGGUGGACAACGAGUACGUGAGGAAGGUGGUAGAGCGGGUGUCCGAGUCGAGGGCGAGUCCUGACUCGGUGGGGGUGCUGAUAGUGUCUCAAUGGUCAAGGCUGGGUUUGGAAAGGGUUGACUUGGGGCUGGGAAGGCCAAUCCACGUGGGACCCAUAUGCUGCGAUCGGUAUUGUCUGUUUUUGCCGGUGGAUAAUGAGAGGGAUGCUGUGAAGGUGAUGGUGGCUAUCCCCGCCUCUGCCGUUGACCAGUACCAAUAUUUCCUUAGCGCUUCCCAUUUAUGAGUCUGUCCUCUUGUUGACUUUUUUUCUGCUCAGCUGUGAAUUUUAGUUUUCUUUUCUCUUUUUCUUUUUUGAUACAAUGAAUUUUAGUUUUCUACGUACCCCUGAUGAGUCCGGGAUAUUUGACAGUUCCAUCUCAACACUGAAUGACAGAUAUAUUUUUCUCUCCUACGCCAAAGCGACUUGCUUGAAUGUACGUAAUUAAACUCCACCGUUCUCCCUUAUCAUUCUCA